AUGCGCUCAGGUGUAGUAGGGACUACAGUGCUCAGGAACCAGCGAACCUCACUCCAGGAGCUCCAGAACCAUGAGAGCUUUCUCACCAAGCUCAAUCAGGACCUGGUCAGAACCAUCCAGGACAUGGAGAACAGUACAGCCAUAAAAGUGCGGGAAAUACUGCAGCAGCAGGACAUCCUUGGGAAGGUCAUUGACAUUUUGGAGUACUCUAACAAGAAGAGGUUGGAAGAGUUGAAGUGUGAGCUCCAGGAAUGGGAAGAGGAGGAGCAACAUAAGAUCAACUACCUGGAGCAGCAGGUGGAGCAGCUGAAUGCCAAGAUCAGGAAGGCCCAGGAGGAAGUCAACUUCCUGAGCACUUACAUGGACCAUGAGUAUCCGAUCAAGUCGGUCCAGAUCGCCAACCUUCUGCGCCAGGUCCAGCAGUUGAGAGAGAGCCAGCAGGAUGAGUUGGAUGACCUUGCUGAGAUGCGCAGGGUGGUCCUGCAGUCAUUGUCCGAUAAGAUUCAGAGGAAGAAAAAAGAGAUUCUCAAGUCUCUGGUCGUGAGAGUCCUGGAGCCCCAUCAGGAUAUUCUUGUGCAGAACACCCGGGAUAACCAGGAUAUGGUGAAAUACAUGGACAAGUUCAGAGAUUUUAUCAACCAGUUUACUGAGGAAAUACCCUCAUUAAGAGCCGAGGUGCGACACCUCCAAGCCCAGCUCCGGGAAUACCGAGAGAUCAUAUUUGAAGAUGUCCUGCUUCGGAGACCCAAGUGCACCCCAGACAUGGACGUCAUCCUCAACAUCCCUGUGGAAGAGACACUACCCUUCUAG